AUGGAACCUACCUCUCCUGUCCAGCAAGUCGCAAAGAAUGGCUGCACCAUGGCCUCUAGCUUUCCAGCCUUCUUGCCCGAAGACCCAGCCCUGCGCCUAGGUCCUGAGGAGUUUGAACAAUACAUCUGCAAACUACUGCCCACCCCAGCUGGAUCCAACCCCGAACUACACGACAUGGAAUCAUCAACCGACGAGUAUUCCUCUGAAACCACUGGGAACGCAUUGGCUGAUGCACUGCAUAAAUUAGCAACCCUCAACGAAAACCCUCAGUAUCUCCCCCAACUCGCCGCCAUCAAUCGUACCAUUACAGAAAAUGGUGGCUUCACUUUUGCCUCGACAGAAUCUGCUUUGCUUGACUUGUUUCAUAGCUUAGAUGGGGAAUGGGCUCCGGAGGUACUCACUAAAAAACUGAAGGCAGCCUGGAAGGAAAACCCACUUUUGUGUCUGAAAAUAAUAUGGAACACGCGAAGCAUCCACCUCGGAAAGGGAAGCAGAAACAAGUUCUACAUUGCCAUGGGCUGGCUGAAGGAACACCACCCGCGAACCCUCUUGAUCAACUUGCAAUGGCUAUUCCGCCCUGUCAUCGAGAAAAACGCUAAGCCUUCACAGGACAAGGAGAUAGCCACCGUGGAAAAGACCGGUGCCGCCCUAGAUGACUAUGAGGUUAUUCAUGGCGUCUCCCAUGGCUACUGGAAGGAUCUUCUUAACCUCCUUGCUCUAUCCGCAAACGGAAAACUAAACAUGACCAACCCUCGAAAGGUCCUUGAGAAAAGUUGUUAUACUAAGCUUGAUCAGUCCGAGAAAAAAUAUGGAAAAUUACGAAGGGGAGAGGAGAGGAGAAAACGCUCAUCGACCAAGGCCCGCAGCGAACAACCAGCACGCCUGGCAGCGUCUAGGGAGCGUCGAAUCAAGUCAAGCCUGGAGCGCGAUCAACGGGAAAGCCGGGACGCAAAGGAGCUGCGCCGCAUUAAAGAGCAGAAGCGUCACCAGAAAAUCAUAGACCGGCUAUCGAAUGACCCCUUCCACCGAGCACUCCAUCUAACCGUGGCACGCUUGUUUGCCGAAAGGCUUCAGAAAGAUAUGCGACUAGCCACAGGGACCAAGCAACAACAAAGUCAAGUUUCCCUUUGUGGCAAAUGGGCUCCGUCUGUUAGGAAAUUUCACGACAACCAUACGCGUAUAGCGACGACCAUUGCCGAGAUUCUGUUUCCAAAGGAACAAAUUUGCCAACCAAACGAUACGCGGGAAAUGUAUCUAAAGAUGGCACGAGAGCAGUACCGUUUUGGAGCUACAUCUAAAUUGCGUAACGUUUUACAAUGCGUCGAGUGCGAUAUAUCCGCGAAUACGUUCUCGAAUAUCAAGUAUAACCGCGUUCCAUCUCUUGCCAUGGACCAAUACAAAGAUCUUUUCUUGAAAAAGGAUACCGAACGAUUCGAACAAUAUCUCGUGGAUGUGGCGAACGGGAAGACAAGCAUAUCUGGCGCUGUCCUCAUGCCUGGGCAGCUCAUUUCGCAAAUCAAGAAAGAUGGGCUCAAGAGUGCCACUGAAAUCGUAAUCAACCUGCAGUGGAAUGCUCUUCUCCAACGCAUCAAAGACUGUGGUUCGUUAUCGAGCUCCAUAGCAAUCUGCGAUGUUAGUGGGUCCAUGACUGACUCGUCCUCUAUGAAAAGAUGCAAUUUGAUGGAUAUUGCGAUGGGGCUUAGCCUGAUCAUUUCAGAUAUCACGCAGCCACCAUUCGGCGGGAAAAUAAUAACUUUCUCUGAAUUCCCCGUCAUCCUCAAUAUCGGUGGUCCUCAUGACUCCCGCACUCUACGGGAAAAGGUUGUCGCCUUGGAAUCGUCUUCCUUUUCACUGAAUACCGAUUUCCUCAAAGUAUUCAGACUCAUCCUGGAGUUAGCUGUGUCCAACAAGGUCAAGCCCGAGGAUAUGGUCAAGAGACUUUUCGUGUUCAGCGACAUGGAAUUCGAUCAGGCCAAUGAGCCCUCUAGCGGAUGGGAUACCCAUCAUCAAAUCAUCACCAAGGAGUUCGCAGCGGCUGGGUAUGAAGUUCCCGAAGUGAUCUACUGGAAUCUCAGUAAUGAUGCAUCCCGUCAUACUCCGGUUACCCAAGAUAUGCCAGGAACUGCGCUCGUCGGUGGGAACAAUCAAGCCAUGCUGAAAACAUUCCUCAUGACUGGCUCAGUGAGCGCUAAUGGGGAGGAGGAAGCGGACACGGAUUCCCAGAUGGACGAGGAUUGGAGCUUGGUUGACGAAAAGGAAAAGAAAAAGGCAAAAAUCACACCGUUUUCGAUCAUGAUCAAAACCAUCGGGCACGAGGCCUAUGACAUGUUGACCGUGGUCGACUGA